CGCCAGCCAAAUGGGGACUCGCGUUUUGGGGGUUUUCCGCCGCCAGGGAGAAGCUUGGCUUCAUCUCCCAUCCCUCGCCGGCAGCCUCCACGCGCACAGCAGCUCCCUCGCCGGCAGCCUCCGCGCGCACAGCAGCUCCCUCGCCGGCAGCCUCCGCGCGCACAGCAGCUCCCUCGCCGGCAGCCUCCGCGCGCACAGCAGCUCCCUCGCCGGCAGCCUCCGCGCGCACAGCAGCUCCCUCGCCGGCAGCCUCCACGCACACAGCAGCUCCCUCGCCGGUAGCCUUCACGCGCACAGCGGCUCCCUCGCUUGCAGCCUCUACACGCAGAGCAGCCCUCCUCCGACACUUACAGGCAGACCUGGUGCCGACUUUGCCUAGUGUUCCGGCCUACGCGCCGUUGUCACAUUCCGGCCUGCAAGCCGAUGUCGUACGCCGGUCGUGUCGCCGUUGUAUUCCGAUUGUGUGUCACCUUUCAGAUCCAUGCCACAUUCGGCUCCGCGUUGUCACCUCCGAACCCAGCUCCUCUUCGGUCGGUUCAGAGGCAUCCACCCUUCCGAGUCACGACGACUCGGUCAGCUUCACGACCAGCUCACUCAUCCAUCCGAGGGCGCCCCCUGGGCCAGGGUACGUUCUCGUACCUUCUUUGUAUUUAUUUCAAUAUUCUAUUAUUAUCCGGAUAUUUAUGCAUUUGUGGGAUUCGCCUCGAGCACCGAGGUACCAGAGACCGGGGGAACCCGGUCGCUGAAUACAGGUACAGUUGACCGGAGGAGGACUCCUGACGAUCUGGUCAACGUAGAGGACAGCUCACCACCGGGUCAAGAGGAGGCAGUCCACAUUCCAGACACGUCACACCGGCAGGUACUAAGCGUUCUUGUCAGCAGAAAAAUCAAUUUACAGUGGAGGAAUUAUAUCAUUUUCAUGUAUUUAAUGUUGUUAUUGACAAAUAGUUGAUGGAGUUGAAUACAAGAUUUACUGAGGAAUCAAUAGAGCUUUUUACUCUAUG